AUGACUACCAACUCCCUGACUAAUAUAGAGUCAGAUACCCACAACAGAAGUCAAGCUACUAGCGAUAGCCACUGGCCAAGACGCUGGAGUUCUCACUCAAGUAUUCAAGGCCUCACACUGCCAGUCAGGGCUAAAGUCGAUGUCCCCCCUUCAAUUACUCACAGCCCCACAGUCAGUAUCAAAAGCGUUGAAUCAGUCAUCUGGCCCUCCCAGGAGAGUUUCAAAGGCUCUGUGGACAGCGCCCAAUCCAACCAAAGUACUCUAGAAAAUAAUAUCCAGAGCACACAGGCAAGCAGAUCCAAAGAGAUCAGUGCUGACAGGUUUCAGAACAGGGGUAGACACAGCCAUUCACAGCUGCCCAUGGGCUGGCGGCUGCUGCAUGGAGCCAAGAAGAUCAGCCGUCAACUGAGUCUGGCACUAAGCCUGGUUGGCAUGAUGAUCAUCGGUUUCAUCUCUCUGGGCCAGCCCUGGAUCCACUUCCAGGUGCCACUCGGACCUCCUGAGCACCCUGAUGGCUUCUUGACCAUCCCCAUCAACACUGCCCUCUUUGUGCAGUGCCCUGACAUCUCCUGCCUACAUGAUUACGACCAGAAUGUUUAUUUGCUGGACUUUGCCUGGGCCUUUCUCGUCCUCGCCAGCAUCGCCAGCUUCUGCCUCUGCAUUUUACUCAUAAACAUCAUCUUCUUCACCAGCUCCAACUUGUCCAUGCUGGACUUCUCCAACGUCAUCAUCAGCCUCCUGGCAGGGACCAGCAUCAUCUUGGGUGUCCUGUUCUACCUGCUGCAGGCCAGGGAGUACUUGCAGGAAGGCAUGACUUACAAGCUGGGGCUCAGCUUCUACCUGGCAUGGAUCGGCGUCUUUGUCUUCCUGAUGACUGGCUUCUUUUCCUAUCUCAACUACAUGAAUUUCUGGUCCAUCCUGGCGCUCCAGGCCGUCUGGACUUAG